UAUGGUGGAAUCUAUAAGCUGGCACUUUUGGCUUUAUCGUUUAUGGUAACGUGAGAGGUUAGAGCGUGUCACCAGCAAGGAGACAGAAGUUCAUCUUUGUAUUAAACAGCGGCAGCAAACAGAGAAAUGGAUAAUUUAUCAUUGGUGAUUCUUUGUUGUCUCUUAUGUUUGCAGAUGAGUCAUUAUCUGAUAUGAACUAUGUCCAAUCAGUCUUCGCUGGUGAGUGAGUUCAUCUUUGCUGGGUUUUCUGAACUGCCACAACUGCGGGCGACCCUCUUUGUUCUGGUUUUAUCCAUGUAUGCCAUGUCCCUUGCUGGAAAUACUGUCAUCACCACUGUGAUCAGGCUCAGUCCGACCCUUCAUACACCCAUGUACUUUUUCUUGACCAACCUUUCGCUCUUAGAAAUAUGCUACACAACUGCCAUUGUUCCUAAGAUGCUAGCAAGCCUGAUGUCAGAGCAUGGGAAGAAUGCUCUCUGGGGCUGCGCUACCCAGAUGUAUUUCUUCACCCUGUUUGGAAUUACAGAAUGCUGUCUCCUUGCAGCCAUGGCCUAUGACCGCUAUGUGGCUAUCUGUAACCCCUUGCGUUAUUCCACCAUCAUGAACCCAGCAGCCUGUGUCCAGCUCUCAGUAGCCUCCUGGUCAGUGGGACUGAUGGUGGGGCUGGGUCAGACCAACUAUGUCUUUAGCUUGACCUUCUGUGGCCCCAAUAGGAUCAACCACUUCUUCUGUGACAUCCCCCCACUCCUGACACUGGCUUGUGGUGACACCUCCAGAAACGUAAUUGCCGUAUAUAUGGUAGCUCUCCUUUUUAUUACAGCACCUUUCCUGCUGAUCCUUACCUCUUAUGUCUAUGUUGUCAUCUCUGUUUUGAAGAUGCCAUCAGCUGAGGGCCGUCAGAAAGCUUUCUCCACCUGUUCCUCUCACCUCAUUGUGGUCUCGCUAUUUUAUGGGUCAGGCAUUAUCACAUACCUUCGGCCCAAAUCCAGCUAUUCGGCCGAGAGUGACAAACUGUUGGCCCUGUUCUAUACAGUUGUGUCAUCCAUGCUGAACCCCAUAAUUUACAGCCUGAGGAACAAGGAGGUUAAGGUGGCUCUGAGAAGAAUGAUAAGCAACAAAUUGUGCUGUUCAGAAGAACAAAAGUGACUGUUAUUGGAAUGGUUCGGCAUCCUGUGACCUCCUGCACUUAUCCACAUAAUCCUUCCUUGAAUAUUUUUUCCUGACAAAAACUAGUUAUCACCUACAUU